UCUAAAACUGAACUUUCUUUCUCUGUUUGCUGCUCGAAGUCAAACAGCCGCAGGUGAAAUGGAAGUCGACAUUCAGAGUCAUGAGGGGAGGGGCUACAAACCCAAUAAACCUAACCUGCCAAGGACAGAAGAGAGCAAAAAGAGGCAACCAAUGGAUGCGCAGAGGGUGGGGUCAGACAUGAUUUACACCAUUGAAGAUGUCCCACCAUGGUACCUGUGUAUUCUACUGGGAUUACAGCAUUACCUGACGUGCUUCAGUGGUACAGUGGCUGUGCCGUUUCUUCUGGCUGAGGCCAUGUGUGUUGGUGGAGACCAAAGCACCAUCAGUCAGCUGAUUGGAACCAUUUUCACGACUGUUGGAAUCACGACUCUCAUCCAGACCACCGUGGGUGUCAGACUUCCUCUCUUUCAGGCAAGUGCGUUUGCGUUCCUCAUUCCUGCUCAGGCAAUCCUCAGUCUGGACAGGUGGAGGUGUCCCAGUGAAGAGGAGAUUUAUGGGAACUGGAGUCUUCCCCUGAACACCUCACACAUCUGGAAGCCUCGAAUCAGAGAGAUUCAGGGUGCCAUCAUUAUGUCCAGCCUGGUGGAGCUCGUGAUUGGUCUGUGUGGGUUACCUGGGUUACUGCUGGAGUACAUCGGCCCGCUCACCAUCACGCCGACCAUCUCACUGAUCGGCCUCUCAGUCUUCACAACUGCUGGAGACCGAGCUGGGUCCCACUGGGGCCUCUCAGCACUGUGUAUUUUGCUGAUGGUGCUGUUUGCUCAGUACCUAAGGGCGACAUCACUUCCUGUUCCUGUGUAUAGCAGGAAGAAAGGCCUGAGGGCCACCAGAGUGCAGAUCUUCAAGAUGUUUCCUAUCAUCCUUGCCAUCAUGUUGGUGUGGUUCGUCUGUUAUGUCCUCACUCUGACCGACCUGUUGCCAAGAGACCCUGAUCGCUAUGGACACAAAGGUCGCACUGAUGCCCGAGGGGACAUCAUGACACUGUCGCCCUGGUUCAGGAUGCCUUACCCAUGCCAGUGGGGGUUGCCUGUGAUAACGGUUGCUGGGGUGUUGGGCAUGCUGAGUGCGACGAUGGCGGGCAUCGUGGAGUCAAUUGGAGAUUACUAUGCUUGUGCUCGCCUGUCUGGAGCCACGCCCCCUCCGAUCCAUGCAAUCAACAGGGGGAUUUUCAUAGAGGGCGUGUGCUGCAUCAUUGCAGGUCUGUUAGGGACAGGAAACGGCUCCACCUCCUCCAGUCCAAAUAUAGGUGUCCUCGGCAUCACCAAGGUGGGUAGCAGGCGGGUGGUGCAGUACGGUGCCGGCAUCAUGUUUGUCCUGGGAACCGUCGGCAAGUUCACAGCUCUGUUUGCCUCGCUGCCCGACCCGAUCCUGGGAGGAAUGUUCUGCACGCUCUUCGGUAUGAUAACAGCUGUCGGCCUGUCAAACCUGCAGCUGGUCGAUUUAAACUCGUCCAGAAACCUGUUUGUUCUUGGGUUCUCCAUGUUCUUUGGUCUGACACUGCCGACGUACCUGGACACGCAUCCCAACUCCAUUCAGACAGGUGUUUCUGAGCUGGAUCAGAUCCUCACCGUUCUUCUCUCCACUGAGAUGUUUGUUGGAGGUUUUCUGGCGUUCUGUCUUGAUAACACAAUCCCUGGCACCAGAGAGGAGCGAGGGCUGGUUAAGUGGAACUCCUCCUCUUCCUCCUCCUCUUACUCCACCUACGACCUUCCCUUUGUCAUGCCCGUGCUCAGACGCACUCGCUGGCUCCGGCGGUUCCCCAUCAGCCCCACCUUCACAGGUUUCAGGGCAUCUGAUGACCCACCCCCUCUGGAACAGGAGGAAGGUGACGACGAAUUGCCAAGCACCAAGUUGUGAAGAUGAUGUCAUCAAUCUCACCUGACAGCUGUUGGGACCAGUUAGAUUUCAAACCAAUCAGUGUUUCCAUUAAUCAAUAUGACAAGAAGUUUGUGACAUCACCUCCUGUUCCCAUAACUAAAGCCCCUCCCACAGCGUGGUCUUCCAGUCCUUGAGUUUAAUUUCCUCCUUAUGAGCUCAACCUGACACUUUGCAGAUGUUCCAGAUGUGUAAUGACUUGCAGUCAGCUAACUGAUUGGAUGGAGCGAAAGGAAGCUGCCAUCCACAAAUACCUUCAAAAUAAAAGCAGUUCUUCUGUGAGACUGAAUCUCUUCCCAUUCAGUCUUUCAAAAUAAAAGCUAAAUAAAAGUG